GGUGCGCGGCGGCGCUGGGCGGCACGCAGCGGACGGCGAGGCGGCGGCGGCGGUGGCGGCAGUUGGGCCGGUGAUCGCGGGCGGUCGCCGGGGAAUCCAGUGGCGCGGUGAGCGUCCCGGCCCUGCCUCGCGGCGAGUAGCGGGUGGCCUCCCAGCCGGCCCAGCGCCAUGCACACGCUUAUGUUCCUGAGCACACGGCAGGUGCUCCAGUGCCAACCAGCUGCCUGCCAGGCCCUGCCCCUGUUGCCCCGAGAGCUGUUUCCCCUGCUGUUCAAGGUGGCCUUCAUGGACAAGAAGACUGUCGUGCUGCGUGAGCUGGUACACACAUGGCCCUUCCCGCUGCUCAGCUUCCAGCAGCUGCUGCAGGAGUGUGCUCACUGCAGCCGGGCCCUGCUGCAGGAGCGGCCCAGCACAGAGAGCAUGCAGGCUGUGAUCCUGGGACUGACAACCCGGCUCCAUACCCCAGAGACUGAGGCCAAUUCGCAGUCCCUCUGCAGGAAGCAUGCACUGCGGGUACUGGACAUGACAGGCCUCCUGGACGAUGGUGUGGAGCAGGACCCUGGCACCAUGAGCAUGUGGGACUGCACAGCAGCUGUGGCCCGCACUUGCAUUGCACAGCAGCAGGGCAGGACUGUGGAGUCCCAGGUGGCUCCUGUGCCUGUGGAGGUGCGUGUGGAUCUGCGGGUAAACCGGGCAUCCUAUGCGUUCCUGCGGGAAGCUCUCCGCAGCAGUGUGGGCAGUCCGCUGCGGCUCUGCUGCCGGGACCUGCGGGCUGAGGACCUGCCCAUGCGCAACACAGUGGCCCUGCUGCAGCUUCUGGACGCGGGCUGCCUGCGCCGUGUGGACCUGCGCUUCAACAACUUAGGUCUGCGCGGCCUGUCCGUCAUUAUCCCGCACGUGGCCCGCUUCCAGCACCUGGCCAGCCUGCGGUUGCACUAUGUGCAUGGGGACUCGAGGCAGCCCUCUGUGGAUGGCGAGGACAACUUCCGUUACUUCUUGGCCCAGAUGGGCCGCUUCACCUGUUUGCGGGAGCUCAGUAUGGGCUCAUCUCUCCUCUCAGGGCGGCUGGACCAGCUGCUCAGCACUCUGCAGAGCCCCCUGGAGAGUCUGGAGUUGGCUUUCUGUGCCCUGCUGCCUGAAGACCUGCACUUCCUGGCACGGAGCCCCCAUGCUGUUCACCUCAAGAAGUUGGACCUGAGUGGCAACGACCUGUCUGGCAGCCAGCUGGAGCCCUUUAAGGGUCUGCUGCAGGUGGCAGCAGCCACGCUACUGCACCUUGAACUGACUGAGUGCCAGCUUGCUGAUACCCAACUGAUAGCCACACUCCCUGUGCUGACCCAGUGUGCCAGCCUCCGCUACCUCGGUCUCUAUGGCAACCCACUAUCCAUGGCAGGCCUCAAGGAACUCUUGCGGGACUCGGUGGUGCAGGCUGAGCUGCGCACAGUGGUGCACCCCUUCCCUGUGGAUUGCUAUGAGGGCCUGCCCUGGCCACCGCCUGCUUCUGUCCUGCUGGAGGCCUCCAUCAACGAGGAGAAGUUUGCCCGUGUGGAGGCUGAGUUGCACCAGCUGCUGUUGGCGUCAGGCCGUGCGCAUGUGCUCUGGACCACAGACAUCUAUGGGCGCCUGGCAGCAGACUUUUUCAGCCUGUGACAUCCAGGCUCUGGCUGAGAGACAGGUGCCCUGGCUGGGGUCCAGGAGGCCCCCUCCCUGCCUUGGAUAGACAUCUGUUACUGGGACCCUGGUGGAGGCCUAGAGGCCUGACACAAAGGCACUGGUCUCUGAUUCCCUUGCUCCUGGGUGCAAUUUGAGCCUUUCCAUGCUUUUUGCAGCUCUGUGUGCAGAUUGCCUUGCACCUGCUCCCGUGACUGGCUGAGUGUUUGUGGACCUGGGGGCUGGAUUACAGGCCUGCUUGGUUUAGC